AUGAAGAUCUCAUCCAAAUCAAUCUUGACCCCGGGUCAAACCACCCUCUCAACCUCACUCAGCCGGAGGCUCAGAACCGGCGCCAGCGUCAACGGCGGCGCGUCACCGCGCGUGUUCACCACCACCGUCAAAAAGAGAGGAACUUUCCAGAACCCAGAACCAUCUUCCCCUAAAGUCACCUGCAUUGGUCAAGUUAGGGUCAGAACCAAGAAGAAAAAUGCCAAAAAGCUCAAAACUUUAUCAAGAAAACAUAGUGCUGAAUCAGCUGAUGAUGUUAGUUUUAGAAAAUUUGAUCAUACCCUUGAUGGGUUUCCUUCAAAACGUCAUAAACAUAAAGAAAGUUUGAAUCUUGGAUCAAAGGGUGCUCAAAAUGACCAUCAAGAUCAAGAAUGUUCACAGGUGCAGAGGAAAUGGGUGCAUUUUCCGGUGACUGUUUGUGAUGCUUUGAGGGCGUUUGGAUCAGAGUUCAGCUGCUUGUUUCCUUGCCGGAGAGAAGAGAAAACAACGGUGGCACAGUGGCUGGUGGCGGUGCAGGACGGUGGAAAAGAUAUUGAAUUGGUUGUUGGAGAUGAAGAACAAGAUGAUGAUGGAGAAAGUGUUGGGAAAAGGAGACAUGUGUUUGAUGAUUUGCAGAUUGUUGGUGAUAGAAUUGAAGGGUAUAAAGAUGAAGCAAGAGUGAGUGUUUGUGUGCCACCAAAGAAUGCUUUGUUGUUGAUGAGAUGUAGAUCUGAUGCCAUUAAAGUUGAAGGUAUUAGUAGAUCUUGGGAACCGAAUGUUGAGAAAACUGAUGAAGAAGAUGAACUUUUUGACAAUGAAGAUAAAAUCAAAGAAGAUUUGGAAGAAAAUCUUCAAGUGGGGCAGAAGAAAGUCAUGAUCUUGGAUCAUGAUCAUGAUCAAGAUCAAGAAAUUGUUAAUAUGCAACAAGAUGAAAGUACAAAAGAUCAAGAACAUGAUCAUGUGCAUCAAGAUGAAGUGGGCCAAGAUCAAGAACUAGAUAAUGUGCAACAUAAUGAAGUGGGUCCAGAUCAAGAACAUGAAAACUUGAAAGAAUAUCAAGUGGGUCAAUGUCAAGAAGAAGAAAGUUUCAAUCUUUUGUCAUUAUUUGGGGAAAUAGUGAAUCAAGAUUACAAGGUUCAAGAACAUGAUGUAGAAGAACAUAACAAUGGAGUUUUAGAGAGAGAAAGUGAGGUUAAAGAGGAUAGAGAAAGUGAAAAAGUAUUGCCUGAUUGUUUGAUAAUGAUGAUGUAUGAGCCCAAGUUAUCAAUGGAGGUAUCAAAAGAAACAUGGGUCUGCCAGAAAGAUUUCAUCCAACGCCAGUCCAGUAGAAGAAAGCCGCCGCAUCCACCGCCGCCGAUCACAUCCGACGGUGGAUUACCGACGGUGUUACUGCAGCCGGGGCGGUCGUCAUGUUCAUUACCGGUGGCGGCUUCCAUGGCUAUGGUGUUAGAGCAGAAGUUGGCUAAUGCGGUGGGUUACGAGCCGUUUGUGUUGACAAGGUGUAAGUCGGAGCCGCUGAAGUCGGCUGCGGCUAAGCUGCUACCUGAGAGUUGUGUGUUGGAAAACAGGAAGUUGGAACGGCUGAGCCGAGGCACAAUUGGUGUCGGCGCGGCUGGGUUAGGGUUUUGA